GUAAGUUGUAUUAUCUCUUUCACAGAAAACUCCUCCAUAAGUAAACUUCUAACACAAAAAAAUCAGAGCCAAUAUGUUGAGAAUCCUUAGCAAAAAUCACGCAACACCAAAAUCAACAGCAAUGGUUACCAGAUCUGAGUCCAAAAUCGAAACUUACGAUGUUAUUGAAGAUUUAUCUUCGUGGGAAUUUGUCAAUCCAUCGGAUGAUGAACAAGAAGACAGCUACUCCUUCAGUGAUCAUACUUCUGAUGAUGAAAGUGAUGAAUUGAUGUCAAAGGAGGACGAUCCAUGUGAAAUCGGGUCACCGUCUUCUCCUUCACAUGUUCAAAUCACUGGUUCAUUGCUUGUUGAUCCAUGUGAAAUCGGGUCACCGUCUUCUCCUUCACAUGUUCAAAUCACUGGUCCACUGCUUGUUUUUAAUGUUAGGGUUGAUGAUGGUCAUGAGGAUGAAGAUGAAGAGGAAGAGGAAGAAGAAGAUUAUGAUGGAUAUGAUUUGGAUGAUGAGUUAGUACCAAAAUGGUUGAGUGAUAAAUUUGGGAGACAAAGGAUAAGGAAAUUAGGGAAAAGGGCUUGUUCUAGAAUGAACAAAUCAAAAAGAGGACCUUAUAUAUUUAACAGGCCAGGUUGUGUUCAUGGAAAACAUGGACUUGGUGUACAGCAUAGUUAUGUCUAAAGUAAAUAUUGCAGUUUCAGUUUCAACAAGGAUGAAUAACUGGGAAGUUUUAGGGUUGUUUUAUUUAACUGGAAUUAUGGCUGAUUUGAUCUGAAUAUAAUCCUAAUUUGUGUAUUUAGGACUGGUUGGAAUUAGGUUGUUUUUAAUUUGGUAACUCUGUAGUUUGCUUUUUAAGCCUAGGUUGUUUACUUGGAUUUGGAUGUAAAUAUCUGAAUAUAUCUAAUGCAUUUCAAUUUCAAGAUCCACUCUUUUCUC